CGCCGCCAACGUGCCAAAGACCGCCCACGCUCCAAGAUGGGCGUAUCCCCACCGCAGGAAGUUAGAACCAUCAAGUUUAACAGGAAGUCAGGACUAGGGAGUAAUAGGAAACCCAGUUACAGCCAUAGAGCUCCCAGGUCCUGGCUCACUUUUCUUAAAGUGCCAGUUCACGUUUAUCAAAUGGCAGGUGUUUCAGCGGUCCUGAAAAGGUAUGAGCGGGGUCUGAUAUGCUACUGAGCAAGUGUAAUGCCCCUGGCUGGCUGCAGAGGCUUGGCCCCAGGUGCUGGUUCAUCUCUGUACGGCACCUCUUUCAAGAUGGCUACUCCAGUUUUGAAACCGCUGAAUGGGGGCCGCCAUAUUACAUACCAAGUUUCAACUGCACAGAAUCCGGUCCGUGGAAGGAAGCGGCCCUUUUCAUCCACCGCUCCUGAGUGAGCCCGGUGGGCAAAGUGUGGGGACCGGAAGCGGAAGUGGUGUGUGGAAUUAUUUUAAACCUCCCGUGGCGCGCUGAGGAAUCUGUAGUUAUCUGAAUACUGGUGCGGAGCUUAAGAAAGUGUUCGGGGAAGAUGGUGGCAUCCAUAACUGAUGAAGGAGGUCUUGACUUUCAGGGAAAAGACAGGUCCCAUGACAUGAAGAGAUAGAGGUUCCAGAACAAAGAGUGUCGUGUUCUAGUGGUUCUCUUGACCAGAGAACUUUUAACCAAGAUUCAGAGCAGAGCUGGAAAAGUCCUUGAGCAGAUGUUGGAGUCACUGGCAACUUCCCAAGAACAGCUGAAAAUGACCAAAUUUAAGGUAACAUUGUCAUUUAAGGAUGUGUUUGUGGACUUCACUUCGGGGGAGUGGCAGCUACUGGAUGCUGCUCAGAAGAACUUAUACUGGAAUGUAAUGUUGGAAAAUUAUAGCAACCUCGUGUCAGUCGAAGACACCUGGCGAGUUGAUGAUGGUGUAAACUGGCACCAGGAACACUCUGACAAGCUUGACCCCGUGGAGACGCAUGGGGUCCUCUGUGGAUACGGUGCAUGUGGGGAAGUGUUUCACCCGAGUGAAGACUUUGAUCACUUUGACUUACAUGGAAGAACUUUGAAACAUAAUUUAGAUUUACUUUUCCAAAACAGAAAUUAUGUAAAUAAGAAAGCUGAAAAGUUAAAUCUGCUUGAGAAAUUAUUUGUCCAUGCUAUGCACAAAAACACUCAGCCUGGAAUUAAUUGCUAUGGUUAUGAUUGUGGAGAAACUGUCAGUAAGAAGUCAUGCCUGAAUAUAAAUCCUAUAGAAAUGAGAUUUUACAAAUGUAGUGAAUGUCAGAAAUCCUUUAACUACAUGUCACAACUCCUUGUACACCAGAGAAUUCACACAGGAGAGAAACCCUAUGCAUGCAGUGAGUGUGGGAAAGCUUUUGCACAGAAGAAGGGCCUCAUUUUACAUUUGCGAACUCACACAGGAGAGAAACCCUAUGGAUGCAGUGAAUGUGAGAAAGCUUUUGCACAGAAGAACGGCCUCAUUUUACAUCUGCGAACUCACACAGGAGAGAAACCAUAUGGAUGCAGUGAAUGUGAGAAAGCUUUUGCACAGAAGAACAGCCUCAUUUCACAUCUGCGAACUCACACAGGAGAGAAACCCUAUGGAUGCAGUGAGUGUGGGAAAGCUUUUGCACAGAAGAAGGGCCUUCUUUUACAUCUGCGAACUCACACAGGAGAGAAACCCUAUGGAUGCAGUGAAUGUGAGAAAGCUUUUACACAGAAGAACAGCCUCAUUUUGCAUCUGCGAACUCACACAGGAGAGAAACCCUAUGGAUGCAGUGAAUGUGAGAAAGCUUUUGCACAGAAGAAUGGACUCAUUUCACAUCUGCGAACUCACACAGGAGAGAAACCCUAUGGAUGCAGUGAGUGCAGAAAAUUUUUCUCACAGAAAUCACAGCUAACUGAACACCGGAUGAUUCAUACAGGAGAGAAAAAGUAUGAAUGCAGCGAAUGUCCGAAAGCUUUUAUUCGGAAGGCAAAGUUUAUUUCACAUCUGCGAACUCACACAGGAGAGAAACCUUAUGAGUGCAGGGAAUGUCGGAAAGCUUUUAAUAGUACGGCUCAGCUCACUAGACACCAGAAGUAUCACACAGGAGAGAAACCCUACGAAUGCAGUGAAUGUGGGAAAGUCUACUCCCGCAAAUCUAAUCUAGCUUUUCAUCAGAGAACUCACACAAGUGAGAAACCCUAUGAAUGCAGUAAGUGUCCAAGAACCUUCAUUAGUAAGUCACAUCUCAUUAAGCAUGAGAGAACUCAUACAGGUGAGAAAACUUAUGGAUGCAGGGAAUGUGGAAGAACCUUCUCUCUGAAGUUUAAUUUCACUUUACAUCAGAAAACUCAUACAGGAGAAAAGCCCAAUGAAUGCAAUCAGUGUCAGAAAGCAUUUAUGCUCAGGUCACGGCUCAUUGAACAUCAGAGAACUCACACUGGAGAAAAGCCCUUUUCAUGCAAAGAAUGUCCAAAAGCUUUCAACCAGAAGUCAGAACUCACUUUAUAUCAGAGAGUUAACACUGGAGAGAAGCCUUACCAGUGUGGUGAACGUCAAAGCCUUCAGCACUAAAUCACUACUUGUUAAACACCAGAGAACACAUCCAGGAGAAAAACCCUACAGAUGCAGUGAUUGAGGGAAAGUUUUCACACAGAAGGCACAGCUCACUGUACAUUAGAGAAUUCACACAGGAGAGAAAACCUAUGAAUGCUGUGAUUGUCAGAAAAUUUUCAGCCGUAAGUCACAACUUUUCAUACACCAGAGAACCCAUACAAGAGAGAAAAACCCUAUGUAUAUAGUGAAUGUGGGAAAGCUUUCAUCUGUAAGCAUGGUCUAAAUAGACACCAAAGAACACAUGAUGAAACCCUGUGAAUGCAGUGAAUGUGGGAAUUCCUUUAGUGUCAAGUCACACCUCAGUAGACACCAAAGACAUCAUAUAGGAGAGAAAUCACCUGGAUACAGAAAAAAAUAAAGCACUCAGGAAGUUCAUUCCAACAUGAGAUUACAGGCAUAUAGGAAAGAAUUCUUAUACAUACAAUGAAUAAAUAGAAGUUCUCACUCAAAUUUAUUUUUCUAGAGAAUUAAAAUGAGAGAAAUCAUUAAUACAGUAAAUAGAUAUAAAAUCUGUAGUAAUAACUUGCUUAUUCAUCAGGAAAUGCAUACAGGAGAGGAACUGAAUUCAGCAAAUGUACAAAAGUUCACACAGAAGUCAUAGUACGUACAUACAACAAAGACAACCACUAUGAAUGUAGUAAUUUUGUGAAAACUUGUAGAAGUGUACAUUAUUUUAUAUCAGAGAAGGUCUCAUAGGAAAAUAAAACCACACAAGACAGAAAUGUUGCAGUAUUUUCAUUGAGAAAUCAAAUUUCAGAUGCAUCAGAAUUUAUACCAGAGUAAAUCCUAUAAGAAUAGUAAAUGUGAGAACUUUUUAUUAAAAGUCACAAGCAUGUAAUAUUAGAGAAUUUACACCAACGAAUAACUCUCUGAUUGCCAUAAAAUGCUUGAAAGUCUUCUCUGAUUAUGAAAAAAAGUCUACAAAUAAUACAUAUAAGAAUGAAAGUAUUAAAUAUGCAGAUAACUGUAUCAUGAAAUGCAGCUUUAUUGUGUAUAAAACAAUAUUUAGGAAAAAUUAAGCCAGGACAGUGAAUUGAGGAAAUAAUUUCCUCUGGAAAUAAUAAGGAAAUCAUGUUUUUGCUGUGAGUACCAAGUUGAUAAAAUAUUUCAAAAGGCUUUUAGUAUGAAGAAGAGAUAGGUGUUCACUGUGGGCUAUGAGACUAAAUAUGUGAAUAAAUGAAAUGAUCAAAACGCGAUGAAGUUACCAACUAUGUCAUCUGUAGCUGGGUGUUUUCUGACAAUAUCAUGGAGUAUGAAUUUUGUAGCUUUUUGAGUUGUAUGUAAGUACAAAUAUAAAUAUUGUAUAAAUAUUUAUAGAUACAAAAUGAAUACAUGUAACAAAAUUUCAAAAUUACAGAAAAGUAGAAAGAAUAGUACAAAGAACGCUAUAUCCAGAUUCCUCAACUGUUACCAUUUUACUACAUUUGCUUUAUUCUCUCUCCAUACAUACGUAUUACUUUGUUUUUCUGAACCAUUUGAGAGUAAGUUUCAGACAUGAUGUCUCCAGUGCGUGUUUACUAACAACAGGGAUGUUCUCCAACACAAUAACAGUUUAGCUAUUAAAAUCAGGAACUUUGAUCCAAUACAGUUAUACAACUUAGAGAUUUAAUUCAGUUUGUCAGUUCUCUAAUAAUACUCUUUAAAAAAAAAAGAAAAAAAGAAAACCUGGAUUCAAGACCAUGUAUUGUGUAUAAUUGUCAUAUUUCUGUAUUUCUGUACAUUACUGUAAGGUGGAACAGUUUCUGUUUUUGUCCUUCAUGACUUUGCCAUUUUGCAAUGUAAAGAUUACUUAUUUUAUAGAAUAGCCUUCAAUUUAAGUUUGAUGCCUCCUAAUGAUUGGUUAUGUAUUUUUGGCAGGAAUACUACAUAAAUGAUAUUAUAUCCUCAGUGCGUUAUAUCAGGAAGCAUAUGAUUUUUGUUUGUCUUAUUACUGACAGUAUAAACUUUGGUCAGUUGGUCGGGUGUUGUCUGCCUGGUUUCUCCACUCUAAAGUUACUGUUUUCCCCUUAGAAAUAAAUUGAGGAGAUAAUUUGAGACUGUGUAAAUAUCCUGUUCCUCAUCAAACUUUCAUUAGUUUUAGCAACCACUGAUUAUUCUUACCUGGCUCAAUUAUGAUGAUGAUAGCUACAAAAUAGUGAUUUUCUAACUAUUCUGUGUAUACCGAGGAUGCCAAAAAAAUGGAUACAUAUUUUAAGAGAUAUUAUCUAUGUAUUUUCAAAGUUGAAUUGAAUUAUGGUAGCAAUGUGUAGUAUGACGUUCGCUCAAAAGAUGGUGUUAAUCAAAUGAAUGCUAGCAUCACCAUGCAACAGGCAGGACAGUCACAGAAAAUGACAGAAGCAUGGCUGUUCGAGGAGCCCAAGACCAUUUUGAAGUGGUAUUUGAAAUUCGAGAAUGUUAUGACAGUACAAUGACAAUGGAAGUGUGAGUAUGCAACAGAACCUCCAACACACCUAAUGAUUGCAUUCAUGAUAAGUUUGAGAUGCGUGGUACUGUGUGUGACGUGCACAAGGGGAGAUCGGGAGGCCUCGCACAGCAGCAAGUCCUGCUUCUUCUGCUGUGGUGUUGGAACAGUUUACACGCUCGCCGCAGAAGUCUACCAAAUGAUGUUAGCUGUAAUCAGAAGUGUCUGGACACUGAUGGUAACCACUCUGAGCACCUCUUGUAAUUGCAGAAGUCAAACGUGACUUGUAUUCAUCUUUUGUUAUCAGUAUAUAUUGAGUA